UGGGUUUGCUGGUUGACAUGCGCACUUUCAUUUCGCAAGCAACGGAAGGGGGAGCGGCAAAGCGGGCAAGGCAUCGCACUGUACUUUUGGUUUACAAGACCGAGGAAGUUUUCUCGUUUCCCCCUGCUGUCACCGUUGUGCCAACUCCUGGUUUUCCACGGUCAGAAGAUCAUGGACAUGAAAGACGAUCAAGACGAUUCCUCGUUCGGCAACAUGGAAGCAAACGGUAAGCGCCCCGCUGAGGAUGCAGAUGAGCAGAAAUCAUUCAAGCGCUCCAGGAACUCUGAGGAGUUGAUUGAGCUGCGCAUCCUCCUGCAGAGCAAAAACGCAGGGGCUGUUAUCGGAAAAGGUGGCAAAAACAUCAAAGCCCUACGUUCAGACUACAAUGCCAGUGUGUCAGUCCCAGACAGCAGUGGGCCUGAGCGCAUCCUGUACAUCUCUGCCGACAUCGACACCGUCGGAGAGAUCAUGCUCAAGAUUAUCCCAACCCUGGAAGAGUACCAGCAGUACAAUGGAAUGGAUUUUGACUGUGAGCUGCGUCUACUGAUCCACCAGAGCUUGGCUGGCUCCAUUAUUGGAGUCAAGGGAUCCAAGAUCAAGGAGCUCAGAGAGACCACAAAGACCAGUAUCAAGCUGUUUCAGGAGUGUUGCCCUCAAUCGACAGAGCGAGUCGUGCUUGUCAACGGUAAAAUGGAGCGUGUGGUUGAGUGUAUCAAGACUAUGUUGGAGAUCAUCGCUGAUGCUCCAAUUAAAGGCCGUUCACAGCCUUACGACCCUAAUUUCUAUGACGAAACAUACGAAUAUGGAGGGUUUACUAUGAUGUUUGAGGAGAGAGGUAGCAGCCGCCGGCUAAUGGGAGGCUUCCCCAUGCGAGGGAGCAGGUCCAGUGCCGGCGACCGGGGCUAUGACCGAAUGUCAUCUAGCAGAUCGGGACGGGCAUCCUUGUCUUCCUCACGCAGGGAUUACGAUGACAUUAGCCCUCGUCGAGGUCCUCCUGCACACCACCAGAGCAGGAGCGGGAGGGGCAGCAGUAUGUCGAUGGGUCGCUCACACCGAGGCGGAGAUGAUCGUUACUAUGACUCAUACCGUGGCUCAGAUGAAAGGUCAAAUGACAGAAGAGGCAGACCGGAUCGCUACAGCGAUAACAUGAGUGGAGGAGGAUAUGACAACAGUUCCUCCUGGGAUGGCUACCAAUCCGGUGGACGGUGCUCUUACAACGACCCUGUCAUUACCACACAAGUGACCAUCCCUAAAGAUCUGGCGGGCUCCAUUAUUGGCAAGGGGGGCCAGCGGAUCAAACAGAUCCGCCAUGACUCCGGAGCGUCCAUCAAGAUCGAUGAACCUCUGGAAGGUUCGGAGGACCGAAUCAUCACCAUCGUGGGCACCCAGGAUCAGAUUCAGAAUGCCCAGUACCUUCUGCAGGACAGUGUGAAGCAGUUCUCUGGUCUUUUGCUGUAGACUCCCUGGAUUGAAGCAGAUUUGCCCCCUUGCUCCCUUUUGUUUUUUUUUCUUUCUCCCUAACUUUUUGCCCUCGCCCCUUUCUGGCUCCACACAGCCCCCUUCAGACUAUUAAUUCUGGAUUUUGGGUAUCUUUUUCUUUUUCUAAUUUUAUUUUUGUAUUUUUAAUGAAAUUAAAUGUCAAACAUUCCUGUUCAUCAAAUAUGUUCUGCAUUCUUUUAAAUGUAUUCUUUUAGUUGAUUUGCUUACUGUUUCCAACACGUGUAUUGAAGCAUAUCCUUAUCGCUUGGCAGACAAAAAAUUUCAUUUGUGAUGGUUUUGUAUAUUGUUAAUGUGUAGCUUUUUCCCUCAGUCCUGACUCACACACUGCUGUAAAACAUCUAGAAUGUAAGCUUCCAUUGUUUUGUUUUUUCCAACACAAUUUUGUGUCAUUUGUGGCAGGACUUGUUUAUGCACCAGAUAUACUACACAUUGACAAUUUACUACAAUGUUCAUAGGUGUUGUGUGAGUUAAAUACAUUCAUCAUUCAAUUGUACUUCCAAAUGGAAAGACAUGACAGUUUUGUUACUAAACUUUAUUGAUGAAAUGGAAAUAAAUUAACAAUAAAGCCACCUUGUCUGUGCUCUACUACACUUGCUUGAUGUGCGUGCUCGAAAGCUUAUUUGUCAAAUUGUAAAAUGAAUAAAGAUGCCACUUUUCACUUCA